CGCUCUGCAGAGGCACGGGGAGACCUGCACCCACCACAAACAGCCACUGCAAGGCUGGGUGCAGCCAGGGCAGGAGGAAAUCUGAGGGCUUAGGGGAAACAACCAUCCUCCGGAGUCCCCCACAGCCACAGGGAGGAGGGGACAAGCCACAGCAGCCAGGGAUGGAGGGGCAGCCUCACAGCCCGCAGCAGGAUGGAGAAAAACACUCUGCUCAUGGACCUGCCCGCAGCCCCAGGAGCAUCCCCGUGCUCUGCCUGCGUGCGGCAGAAUCACAGGGCGAGGUGGGGGCAGCUUCUGCCUUGGACACCUGCCUGGCCGGGGAGCAGCACGCACAAACAGUCUGCUGCAGAUUGAAGGCACCAGUCCCCACCCCGGGCUGCACAGCCCCAUCUGGUUCAGAAGAAGAAAGCCCUAGGGAGAAGCACUGCUUGCUGCUUGGGUGAAAUCUGCCUCGCUAGGCGGGCCAGGGACCCAGCUCCAUCUGGACACUCGACUCACCUCCCUGCCAGCACCCCUGGGGCCUUGCAUCAAUCCGAAGAGCUCAGCGAGUCUCAGGUGGGAAGCGGCAGAGCCAGGGCACUGGCAGGAUGGGGACAAACCCAGACCAGCCGUUCCCACAUCUCUAGGGUCACCCUCUGGCCCCUGCUUCAUCUCAAGGGCAGCGGUGGGCUCUUUAGCUGAAGCACAACUCAGCCCGUGAGCAACUCUGCUACCCAGCCAGCUCCUUCCUCAAGGAUGCUGCUGGCCACAGCAGCUCCUCCGGUGCACAGGGAGCGAGCAGUAGGAGCCACAAAACCCUGAGUGGCUAGCACAGCAUGAUCCUAGCACACAGCAAGACCCAGGGAUCGCUGUUGGGAUCAAAUUGCCUUGUACAACAGCUCCCUCCGAGCCCUUACACCCCCCUUGCCUUGGUGAGCACAGGGGACAGGUCUGCAAGCUGUCACCCAGAGGCAGGCAGGGUGGGAAGCUCUCUGCAGUACAGCCCCCACGCCGAUCCCCUGCCCCCAGAGGUGCAGUUCCCAGUUCCCCAGCGCUGCCCCAGCACCCCGACCUUUUCCUGUUCCCCGCAGACGUUCUUUCCAAGCUGACUCAGCUUCCUGCCGCUCACCAUUCCCCAGUGCUGCUCCAGCGCUUGCUCCCGGCUACCCUGUGCUCAGCCAAGGCACAAAGGAAGCCCCCCAGCCCCGAGCUCACAGAGCAGGGGAUCAGCUUUGGGGAGGCUGAAUCAGCGGGAAGGCAUUGGCCUGUCCCAAGCAGAGCAGCAUCCUGCUGGGGUGUCCCCUGUCCGAGCAAGUGACAACCCCGCUCCUGCUUUUGGGCCACACGAGUGUUAACGGCCCAUGAGUGCACCCAGUGCUCUCCUCCUGCUCUUUCUCUUGGAGGACUGGAGCUGAGCAGGGCAGCAAUUCCGCGGGGACUCUCGGGAAGUUGCUCCAACCGCUGCCGGGAUGCCCGGCACAGCACCGCCACGGGAGGCAAGCGGCCGAGACUGGAAAGGGCUCAGCUCUCGGGGCAGAGAGGAAGAGGAGACCUAAGCCAGAUAAAGCAGACAGCACCUUCCCCGCCUGGCAGCGAGCAGAACUACCCAUGAGUUCUUAUUUGGUGCCCUUGCUGAACUUGUGGAUAAUGCCAGAGAUGCAGAUGCCACAAGAAUAGACAUUUAUACUGAACGACGAGAAGACCUGAGAGGUGGAUUCAUGCUGUGUUUUUUGGAUGAUGGAGCUGGAAUGGAUUCAAAUGAAGCUGCCAGUGUUAUUCAAUUUGGCAAAUCAGCCAAGCGAUCUCCGGAGUCAACUCAAAUUGGGCAGUAUGGGAACGGCUUGAAAUCGGGUUCCAUGCGGAUUGGGAAAGACUUUAUCCUUUUCACAAAGAAAAACAACACCAUGACUUGCCUUCUCUUGUCACGGACAUUCCAUGAAGAAGAAGGCAUCGAUGAGGUCAUUGUUCCACUGCCCACCUGGAACGCACGGAGCCGAGAGCCUGUGACUGACAACAUGGAGAAGUUUGCUAUUGAGACGGAGCUGAUCUACAAGUAUUCCCCUUUCAAAUCAGAACAGCAAGUGAUGGAGCAGUUCAAUAAGAUCCGUGGUGAGAAAGGCACCUUGGUGAUCAUAUUUAACCUCAAGCUAAUGGAUAAUGGAGAGCCAGAGCUGGAUGUGACUUCUGACCUCCAAGACAUUCAGAUGGCAGAAACACCCCCAGAGGGAACAAAGCCUGAGCGCCGCUCCUUCCGUGCCUAUGCUGCUGUGCUCUAUAUCGAUCCUAGAAUGAGGAUAUUCAUAAAUGGACACAAAGUACAAACCAAGCGACUUUCCUGCUGCUUGUACAAGCCAAGGAUGUACAAAUAUACUUCAAAUCGUUUCAAGACCCGUGCAGAGCAAGAGGUGAAGAAAGCAGAGCAUAUGGCAAGGAUAGCGGAGGAGAAGGCUCGAGAAGCAGAGAGUAAAGCUCGUGCACUUGAGCUGCGCCUUGGGGGAGAUCUUACGCGGGAGUCCAGGGUGAUGUUACGUCAAGUCCAGAACACUGCAAUAACCAUGCGCCGGGAGGCUGAUGUAAAGAAAAGGAUUAAGGAGGCAAAGCAGCGGGCACUGAAGGAACCCAAAGAACUGAAUUUUAUUUUUGGUGUGAAUAUUGAGCAGCGUGAAUUAGAUGGCAUGUUCAUUUAUAACUGUAGUCGGCUGAUAAAGAUGUAUGAGAAGGUGGGCCCACAGCUGGAGGGUGGCAUGGCAUGUGGUGGAGUAGUAGGUGUAGUGGAUGUGCCCUAUUUGGUUCUGGAACCAACCCAUAAUAAACAAGACUUUGCUGAUGCCAAAGAAUAUCGACACUUGUUGAAGGCCAUGGGAGAGCAUUUAGCUCAGUAUUGGAAAGAUGUAGCUAUAGCCCAGAAGGGUAUCAUCAAGUUCUGGGAUGAAUUUGGCUAUUUGUCAGCAAACUGGAACCAGCCUCCAUCUAGUGAACUGCGCUACAAACGCCGAAGAGCCAUGGAGAUUCCUACCACGAUUCAGUGUGAUGUGUGUCUGAAGUGGCGAACACUCCCAUUCCAGCUGAGUUCAGUGGAGAAGAAUUACCCUGAUACCUGGGUAUGCUCUAUGAACCCUGAUCCUGAACAAGACAGAUGUGAAGCUGCAGAGCAGAAGCAGAAAGUACCACUAGGAACUCUGAAGAAAGACUUGAAAUCACAAGAGGAAAAGCAGAAACAACUGACAGAGAAAAUCCGCCAGCAGCAGGAAAAACUGGAAGCUCUGCAGAAAACCACUCCAAUUCGAUCUCAAGCUGACUUGAAAAAACUGCCUCUAGAAGUGACUACACGGCCCGCAGGGGAGUCACAGACUCGACUUCAGCGCCCGCGAUCUCCUCCUUUACCUGAUGUAAUUAAAAAUGCUCCCAGCAGACCACCACCAGCUACGCCUCUUCCCAGGUCUGUCAGUCAGCUCAAGAAGAGUUCUCCAGCUAGUCCAACUGUUAGCUCUCCCAAAUUGGCAAGCAAUCUCUCCAAGGAGGAGGCCGGUACUUCCAGGACACAGCACCAUACUGUGACAGCUGGAAAGUCUAAUAGCACUUCAAAAACUCUUGCCAAAACAGCUACAGCAACAAAACCAUCCACUGCUGUCCUGCAGAACCCCAAAAGCCCACGUGAGAUACCCAGCUCAAAAACUGCCAAGGCGCCAACAGUAAAGAAAUCUGCCACUGUCAAAUGCCCACAGGCCUCCACAACCCGGAAGAGGACCUUAUAUACCACAGAGGAGGUGUCUGAGGGGGAAGGGGAAUACAAGAAGGAGAAGACAAAACGGGGCAAAUUUGUGGCAGUGAAAGAGGAGAAGGAUUCCAGUGAGGUUGUGGUAGAGCUCACAGAUAGUGCAGGAGAAGAAGAACUAGCAGAACUGAAGAAAGCUCAGAAAGAUAAAGGGCUGCAUGUGGAAGUGCGUGUAAACAAGGAGUGGUUCACAGGCCGUGUCACAGCUGUGGAAAUGGGCAAGCAUGCAGUGCGCUGGAAGGUGAAGUUUGAUUAUGUUCCCACAGACACCACACCAAGAGAUCGCUGGGUAGAGAAGGGCAGUGAAGAUGUAAGACUGAUGAAGCCUCCGUCUCCAGAGUAUCAGCCUCCAGAUACACAGCAGGAAGAGGGGGUUGUUGUGGCUGAACCUUCUACCUCAGACUGUGUCAGAAUUGAGCCAGACACCACUGGACCGAGCAGUAACCAAGAAACAGUGGACUUGCUAGCUCAAAUCCUUCGGAAUUGUUUGCGAUACUUCUUGCCUCCAAAUUUUCCUGUUUCCAAGAAGGAGCUGAGUUCCAUGAGUUCAGAAGGGUUGCUGGCAUUUCCCUUGAAAGAAUAUUUCAAACAGUAUGAAGUGGGUCUGCAGAACCUGUGCAAUUCAUAUCAGACACGUGCUGAUGCCCGGGCCAAAGCCUGUGAAGAAAACCUGCGCAACUCAGAGAAAAAGCUGAAGGAGACAGAAGAGAAACUGCAGAAGCUGAGGACUAACAUUGUGGCUUUGCUGCAGAAAGUGCAGGAGGACAUUGACAUUAAUACAGAUGAUGAACUGGAUGCAUAUAUCGAGGACCUGAUCACAAAGGGAGACUGAAUAACCCCAUUUUACAUCCUAGGGAAGUGCAGAGGAGCUGGUUUCUUCUAUGGAGAUGUGGAUUCCUGCAGUGGAGGACUGCGACAGCUGAUGAGAGGAGAGGGAUUUUAGACAGUACUUCCUUUGUAUUGGUGUACAACUCGUUCUUGUGACUUCACAUGAAAAAGACAUUCGUGCUUUUGGCAGGAAAGUUUUUAACAUUAUAGUUCUUUGAAUCUAUUACUUUUGUUUAUAAAUAUUUAUUUUUAAAAGACAUGGGAACUGUGCCUGGUAUGAUGGGAGGGUUGCUGUAUGUUUUUAGUGAGGUUAACGUGUGAGUACCCAUUUUUGCAUCUGGGGUAUAUGCUAAACCUGAAAGACCAGAACAUCAUGCCUAGCACAUUGUCUCUAAUAGGAAUCUGACAGCAAAUUACAAUUAGGUCUUGAGUCGUGGAAGAAGUCAGGACUUUGACUUCCAAGAUGCUGACCUGGGGUGAGAGAAAUCCAAGCUAGGACUCUGAGCAACACAGAGGAGAUCAAAACAGUAUCUGUGGGAGCAUGAGUAGAAGGUAUGAAAUCUUGGAAGAUUUUGGCAAAGCUGGAUGUGGGGGUAGGGGAUUGGCAUUUGCCAGUGCAAUGAGGUUGCUCAAUAAGUCUCUGUAAGUAGGUGGAGUUGUCAUGAUGCUAACAGCUCAGAGGAUGAAAAUACUUUUAAAAGAGUGUGGCCUCCUCGGUGACUCUCAAUGGAUUGUGAUCAUUAGAGAGAGGUUUGUGUUGCUUUGAUCCAAUUGCUGUUCCAGGUAAUUUUAAUUAGAGUGCUGUAAUUUGGAGCCCUGCACUGAUGAAUUGCAUCUGGCUCUGGGUCAGCAACAAGGACGGUUGCAACAAACUGAAAUCUACAGCCUGAUGGCUUAAAGAAACACUGUGCGACCAAAAUGUUCUCACCUUCAGGAACACCAAAUGAAAUGGGCCUUUGGAGUUGUUUUGGUGGCUGAAUGUGUAACAGAUGUUGUAGAGAAAAAAAAAUUAAUCAUCUGUUGCACAAAAAAUCUCAAGCAGUAAUAAUAUAUAGUACUAGACAACUCCUAAGUUUUACAUACCAUAGGGGAAAAAAAAAAAAAAGAAGAGAAGGUAGAUUUACUUAUUUGCCUGCAUUUCAGGUCAAGAAAGCAUAUUGCAAGAAUAGCAUAAAUUUCAGACUGAUCAGCUUCUUUCAGAAUGUGUGUACCCUGACUCCCUUUAUAAAUGAAGGUAAGAAGCAUCCCCCCAACCAUUCUGCACAUUCCUGGGUUGGAGGGGCAGCGUUCCUUAAAUGCAGGAGCAAGCUCAUUGUAAAGCCGUGGACGUGGUCUGUCUUGAUUUCAGUAAAGCCUUUGACACUGUCUUCCACAGCAUCCUCGCAGCUAAACUGAGGAAGUGUGGUCUGGAUGAUCAGGUAGUGAGGUGGGCUGGAAACGGGCUGGAGGGAAGAAGGCAGAGUUGUGGUCAAUGGGAUGGAGUCGAGUGGGAGUCUGUAUCCUGGGGUGUAGCAGAAAGGUUAGUAGGUCGAGAGAGGUUCUCCUCCUCCUCUGCACUGCCCUGGUGACAACAUCUGGAGUGUUGCAUCCAGCUGUGGGCCCCUCAGUUCAAGGACAGGAACUGCUUGAGAAAGUCCAGCGCAGAGCCACGAGGGAGUGGAGCAUCUCCCUUACAAGGAGAGGCUGAGGGAGCUUGGAGAAGGGGAGGCUGAGGGGUGACCUUAUCAACGUUUAUAAAUAUGUAAAGGGUGAGUGUCAGGAGGACGGAGCCAGGCUCUUCUCGGUGACACACAAUGAUAGGACAAGGAGCAAUUGGGUGCAAGCUGGAACAUAGGAGGUUCUGCUUAAAUAUGAGACAAAACUUUUUUAUGGUGAGCGUGACAGAACACAGGAACAGGCUGCACAGGGGGGGUUGUGGAGCCUCCUUCUCUGGAGAUUUUCAAGACUCACCUGGACGUGUUCCUGUGUGACCUGACCUAGGUGCUCCAGCUCCAGCAGGGGGAUUGGACCAGAUGAUGUCUCAAGGUCCCUUCCAGUCCCUUACGUUUUGUGACUGUGAUAUUGGAAGUUAAUUGCAGUUUAUUGGUUAAUUGCAGUUGCACACUGGUUCAUCAGGUGAUGUUCCCUUUGUAGAGCCUGAAUAUUAUGUUAAGGUCAAAAGAAAUCUUUGUCCUUUUCAGGUGACCAGCAGGAAUUCCGAACUAGAUUUCAUUAAAAUACAGCUCAAAGAUUAUGUAGAUUGCAAUCUAUUUCAUAACACAAGGGAGUAUGCCAAUGUGGAACCUAUAGUUCUCACACGUUUAUUAAGGUUCAUGAAACAGUUUGAUCCCUACUCUUCCUCUCCUCUCCUGUUAGGAAGGCAUUACACAAUCUUACUCCUCUGUUCUCUAGGAACAUCUCUUUUCCAGUUUUAACUUCUCUUAAGGCAUUUCAUCUUUUUGUUCUCACACCAAAUAUUUUUGAUCGAGUUAUAUUUCUUCCCUGGAGUUACUUUCAACAGUGCAACUGAUGUGUAACUGUCCCCUCUCAAUUUCCAUGUUGCUAGGAAAAGGAAGGCAAGAGUGCUUAUUUAUUUUUUUUAUUAGCUUUUAAGUGCUAAUUAAAAACGUUCUCAAAAC